CAGUAAAUUAUACCUUUGUCUUUUGUGUUAUGGAUUAGGAGUUAAACAAAAGACAGACGCAGAAGGACUUAGAACAUGCCAUGCUACUCCGGCAGCAUGAAUCCAUGCAAGAACUGGAGUUCCGCCACCUCAACACAAUUCAGAAGAUGCGCUGUGAGUUGAUCAGAUUGCAGCAUCAAACUGAGCUCACUAACCAGCUGGAAUAUAAUAAGCGAAGAGAACGAGAACUAAGACGAAAGCAUGUCAUGGAAGUUCGACAACAGCCUAAGAGUUUGAAGUCUAAAGAACUCCAAAUAAAAAAGCAGUUUCAGGAUACCUGCAAAAUCCAAACCAGACAGUACAAAGCAUUAAGAAAUCACCUGCUGGAGGCUACACCAAAGAGUGAGCACAAAGCUGUUCUGAAACGGCUCAAGGAGGAACAGACCCGGAAAUUAGCUAUCUUGGCUGAGCAAUAUGAUCACAGCAUUAACGAAAUGCUCUCCACACAAGCCCUGCAUUUGGAUGAAGCACAGGAAGCAGAAUGCCAGGUUUUGAAGAUGCAGCUGCAGCAGGAACUGGAGCUGCUGAAUGCAUAUCAGAGCAAAAUCAAGAUGCAAGCUGAGGCACAACAUGAUCGAGAGCUUCGGGAGCUUGAACAGAGGGUCUCCCGCCGGGGGGCACUCUUAGAACAAAAGGUAUAAGUAAUAGAAGGGAAAAUCAUUGUUUUCAAAUUAGCUUUUGUCAAAAGCGUUUUGUAAAUAUAUUUUCAUGUUGGCAGGGGUCACAUUAGAUUUCUUUCACAAAACCACAUUUCCUGAAUUCUGGUUAUGGCAGCAGUUUUUUCUUUAAAAUUACUGAUUCACUGAUGAACCUUAUCAUUAAUGAGCUCCAGAAAUCAAGG